ACGGGAAAAGAGGGCACCCUUGCUAGCACGUUCCAGAAGACGUACGGCCCUCCAGGGUGAGCACAGGAUAGUGUUCCGGGGGGGAGGAAGUCGGAGAUCCGGGAGUCCAGUGCCCAUACUCCUGGAGGGGCAGCUCUCCGUGGGCCCCCCACGCCCCGCUGCGGGCCACAUUCCAAGGGCUCGCUGAACACCUACUGAGUGGAACAGAAUUGCCGCGGGUGGCGGACGAGCGGUCACGUGGCAUGAAAGACGUGCAGGGGUGCCCUGUGAGGCCCCCUCGGGACGUCGUGAGCAACAGAGGCACGCAGGUACCCAGAAGACGGCCGUGCCAAGCGCAGGGGAAAAUGACCAUGCCCAGCCCAAGGCGGGGCGCGCAGCUGCUCUUCCUGGCCAUCAUGGCCGUCACGGUGGCGGCCAUCUCCCUGCUCUUCUAUGCUCUCCUCUGGAAGGCCGGCAACCUCAUAGACCUGCCCAACCUCAGAGUCGGCUUCUACAACUUCUGCCUGUGGGACCAGGGCACCGGCUCCCUGCGGUGCCGCCAGUUCCCUGAGCUGGAGGCCCUGGGCGUGCCGCGGGUCGGCCUGGCCCUGGCCAGGCUUGGUGCCUAUGGGGCCCUGGUCUUCACGCUCUUUGUCCCCCUGCCUCUCUUCCUGGCCUGGUGCAACAGCAGCGAUGGAGAGUGGCGGCUGGCGGUGGGCUUCCUGGCCACAUCCACCACGCUGCUGGCCGGCGGCCUGGGCCUCUUCCUCACCUACACCUGGAAGUGGGUCAGGCUCUCCCUGCUGGAGCCCGGGUUUCUAGCUCUGGGCACUGCGCAGGCCUUACUCGUCGCCUUGCUCAUGGCCACGAUCCUGUUUCCUCAGAGGGCGGAGGACAAGAGCAAGCUGGACAGCUACUAGGUCUGUCGGAAGGCUUACGUGAUCGC